AUGCUGAAGGUGUUCCUGCUACUCGCCCUGGAUUCAUCUUUGCAUCUCUACUGCCCGUUCCGCCUCUCCCCCUGCUCACCCCACUUCCAGCUGCAGGACAUAGCUCUGACCAACGUGGGCAGUGUGGAGCAUGCUGACGGAGUGCGCAAGUGGAUGGGGCGACUCACAGACGAGCAGCUGGCGGAGCUAGUGCUAAACAAGCUGAAGCUGCUGUCUCGAGCAGGCCUGCCAUACCGGCCGCCACGCCACCUCCUCUCAUCUGCUCGCCGGCCCAAAGCCUCGGCACGAAUGGUGGUGGAUGAGGGUUCAGAGGAGCAACAGCAGCAGCAGGCAGAGGAGGAGGAGGAGGAAGCAGAGCAGGAGUACUGGGAGCAGCAGCGGGCUGUGCUCUUCCACCGUCUCCGCCCGUUCCUAGAGGAAGUAGUAGUCUCCUUCUUCGAGAAGAAGCGCUCCCAGCGAGCAGCACUCAACGCACUGCCGCUCUACCCCAACGAGGACGUCAUGUGGGACGAGAGCCUCAUCCCCAGCGUGAACUACACCGGCGAGGGCUGCUUGGCGCUGCCGAAACUCAACCUGCAGUUCCUGACGCUGCAUGAUUAUCUCCUGCGGAAUUUCAACCUGUUUCGGCUCGAGUCGACGUACGAGAUUCGGGAGGAGGUGCACGAUGUGCUGAAGCGGAUGGGGGCGAAGGGGAGCAUGUACAGCAGCGUGGACAGGAAUACAGAGUUCACAGGGUGGGCCCGAAUGGCCAUUCAGAUAUCGUCUUUCCGGAUUGUGGAAGUUAAGGCGCCGCGGCUCGGCGAGGUGCAGCCCGCGGCGGUUCUAGCGGAAGUGGAGUACUCUAUAGGGGGGUAUAAGGCGGCCAUGCGGAGCGAGUGGGAGGAGAUUAAAGAGCAUGAUGUGCUGUUCCUGCUGGGAAUCCACCCUGAUGAGAUCGCGCUGCAAGCUGCGGCUGAUGCGGCCGCGGCACAGGCGGCCGCUCAGGCGAAACGAGAGGCGGGGGAGGAUGGGGCGGAGGAGGAAGAAGCAGCGGCGGAUGCUGCUGCAGUGGUCUCGUCGCUGUCUGUCCCGCAGAGAUACGGGUUAAGAUAUGUGCGGGGGUGUGAGGUGAUCGAGUUGCGUGACGAGGACAACAAGCUGAUGAAUGAUUUCUCUGGAAGGGUGAAGCGGGAGGAGUGGAAGCCGCCCAAAGGGAACAAGCGCACAGCUCUCGUUGCCCUCGACCCAGCCCAGUUCCAGCUGGAUUUAGAGGCCAACGGAGGGACGCUGAGAGGAGCGCAGGAGGAGGUUUACUCGGCUUUGAAUGUGGUGAUGCGGAGGAAGCCAAAGGAGAAUAACUUCAAGCCGAUUCUGGAGUCGAUUCGGGAUCUGAUGAACGAAGAGGCGUCGGUGCCGGGCUGGCUGCAUGACCUGUUUUUAGGGUACGAUGACCCGGCGGCCGCCAGCUGGCGGCGCAUGCCUGCUGAGCUGGCGCCGUGGCGCGUGGAGGUGGUGGAUUUUAGGGACACUUUUGUGGAUGCAGAGCAUUUGAAGGAGUGCUUCCCGGGCUUUAAGGUCCGUUUUGUGGAUGCGGAUGGGUUUGAGAACCCUAACCCCCAGCCUCCGUUCCGCGUGACUAUACCGAUGCCAAAGCCGCCGCAAGAGGAGGGGCGUGGAGUGGCAGUGGGAGGGAAGAAGAAGGGGCAGGAGAAGGAGGGGAAGGGGAAGGGGAAGGGGAAGAAGGGGAUGAAAGGGAAGAAGAGGGGGAAGGGGAAGGGAGGGGAGGAGGAGAAGGGUGGGGAGAAGCAGGAAGGGGAGCAUACGGAGGUGGAUGAGGAAAAAUCGAAGGGCGGAGAUGGGGGAGACAAGGCGCCUCAGCAGGGAGAGCAGGGAGACAAGGGGGAGCAGGGAGGGCAGGAGGAGGGUGAGGGGGUGGUGAUUGCGGAGUCUGUGCAACUGCCUGACCCUGGGCCGUACCCUCCGGGGAAGCAGAGGAAGAACCACGUGCGCUUCACACCCACGCAGGUGGAUGCCAUCAUCAGCGGGGUGCAACCCGGGCUGACCAUGAUAGUGGGGCCGCCGGGCACAGGCAAGACGGAUACGGCCGUGCAGAUCCUGCAGGUGCUCUACCACAACUGCCCCGAGCAGCGCACGCUGGUCAUCACUCACUCCAACCAGGCCCUCAACGACCUCUUUGAGAAGAUCAUGCAGCGGGAUGUGCCAGCACGCUACAUGCUGCGGCUGGGAAUGGGCGAGCAGGAGCUGGACACGGAGCAGAAGUUCAGCCGCAUGGGGCGAGUCAACGACAUGCUCGCCCGGCGCCUUGAACUGCUGGCCGAGGUGGAGCGUCUGGCAGUGACUCUUGGGCGGCCGUCUGACGUGGCGUACACGUGUGAGAGUGCCGCCUACUUCUGGCUGCUGCAUGUCCUGGCGAGCAGGGCAGCAACCAUAGUGCGCGACACCUUCCCCUUCACCGAGUUCUUCCAGGAGGCACCGAGCUUUAAGAUGACAGGGGCUUCGUACGCACAGGACAUGCGCAUGGCAGAGACCUGCUUCGAGUUCCUCAAGGGCAUGUUCCAGGAGCUGGAGGAAUGCCGUGCGUUUGAGUUAUUCAAGACCACAGCAGACCGCUCCAACUACCUGAUGGCGCGCCAGGCCAAAGUGGAUCUGGAGGAGUGCCGUGCGUUCGAGCUGUUCAAGACCACAGCAGACCGGUCCAACUACCUGAUGGCACGCCAGGCCAAAGUGGUGGCCAUGACGUGCACGCACGCGGCUCUACCUCACUUCCCCUUUGAAACAUGUCCCCGUUCUUUUACUGCUUCUUUCCCACUCUCUCCUGCCACCUCACAGGAGCUGGAGGAGUGUCGGGCGUUUGAGUUAUUCAAGACCACAGCAGACCGCUCCAACUACCUGAUGGCACGCCAGGCCAAGGUGGUGGCCAUGACGUGCACGCACGCGGCGCUCAAGCGCCGGGACUUCCUGAACCUCGGGUUCCACUUUGACAACCUGCUCAUGGAGGAGUCGGCGCAGAUCCUCGAGAUCGAAACCUUCAUCCCCAUGCUGCUGCAACGCCCCGACGGCCCCUCCCGAACCGUCGGCGGCACGGGCAGCACCUCUGCUGCUGCUUCCGGUGCGGCGGCUGCUGCUGGUGGUGCGGCUGGUGGUGGUGGCAGCAACGGUGCCUUGUCCUACUCUCGCCUGAAGCGCUGCAUCCUAAUCGGAGACCACAACCAGCUGCCCCCCGUCGUAAAAAACAUGGCCUUUCAGAAGUACUCGCGCAUGGAUCAGAGCCUCUUCACCCGCUUCGUCCGCCUAGGAGUCCCCUACAUAGAGCUCAACGCCCAGGGCCGCGCCCGGCCCUCCAUCGCCCAGCUCUACAACUGGCGAUACCGGGAUCUGGGGGAUUUGCCGGUGGUGAAAACCGGAGAGGAGUAUGUGCAGGCGAACGGGGGGUUUGCGUGGGAGUAUCAGCUUGUGGAUGUGGGGGAUUGGAUGGGGAGAGGGGAGAGUGAGCAAAACCCGUGGUUCUACCAGAAUUUGGGCGAGGCUGAGUAUGUGGUGAGCGUGUUUCAGUACAUGCGGCUGCUGGGGUAUCCGGCCGAGAAGAUCUCGAUUCUGACGACGUACAACGGACAGAAGCAUCUGAUCAGGGAUGUGAUCCAGAGGAGAUGCGCCGGGAACCCAUGUUUCGGCCGUCCCAGCAAGAUUACGACGGUGGAUCGCUUUCAGGGACAGCAGAACGACUACAUUCUGCUCUCCCUCGUGCGCACGCGCACCGUCGGCCACCUGCGCGACGUGCGCCGCCUUGUCGUCGCUAUGUCCCGUGCCCGCCUCGGUCUCUACUGCUUCUGCCGCCGCUCGCUCUUUGAGCAGUGCUACGAGCUGCAGCCCACCUUCCAGCUGCUGCUGCAGCGCCCGGAUAGACUCGGGCUGGUGCUGGAGGAAGGGAAUAGGAGGACGGAGAGGCCGGCAGGGGAGGGGAGUGAGGGGGCGUAUCUGGUGCCGGGGAUUGAGGAGAUGGCUAGGAUUGUGGAGUGGCGGCUGCAGAACGUGACUGAGCAGGCUCGGCAGAUGGAGGUGCAUGCUCACAUGGAAGCUCUGGCGCGGCUGCAGCAGCAGCAGAGGCUGCAGCGGAAGCAGCACAAGAGCGGGCGAGGGAGGGGCGGUGGGAGGGGCAGGGGGCGGGGAGGUGGGCGGGGAGGGAGGACGGGAGGGGAGGGAAAGGGGAAGGGUGGGAGGAAGGAGGGGGUGGAAGAGGCUGGGGAGAAGGGGGAGAAAGGGGGAGCGGAGGAGCGGGAGCGGGAUGAGGAGGUAGAGGGCGAGGAAGGAGAGGAAGCAGAGGAGUGGGGAGAGGGAGAGGGAAUGCAAGGUGUAGAAGAGCAUGUGAGGGUGAAAGAGGAGGCUGGGGAGGCAGUGCAACCAGAAGGGGCAGAGCAUGGGGUAGGGCAGCAGCAUGUGGGGGUGGUGAAGGAGGAGCCAGCUGAACCUGGUGCUGCCACGCCUCCUGGACGGUCCUCUGAUAGUGAAUGA